UGAUCCUAUGUCUUGUGCUCUUUGCAGAUCGAGAACCAGAAACACCGGCCUCUGUUGCAGCAACAACAGCUACCACUAGCAAGCGUCCAACACUAGACCACUAGUACAACACUAGACCACUAGUAAACCAUUUGUCUUUCGAAAGCCCCGCCUUAGUGUCAUAUCUAGUGUCUAGCUAACUCGAAUAGUUCCUCAUAUCUACAUCUUAGUUGUUACUACGUGUUGUCUAGUUCGUAUAUAUUUCCUAUUGUGCUAUAGCAUACUGUUUUCAAAGAGUUGAUUUUAUACUCAUAGUCUAUUGCUUAGAAACACACUUGAACGAACGUUCUGUAAUCGAGCUCACACCUCGACUUCCAUAAUUAUUUUCCCCCUUGAAACACGUGGGUAUAAUCCGCGCAAAUCUGCAUCACUGCAGCGAUAACCAAAAUAAAGAGAAUACCGAGCGGUAGAGUUUCUUAUAGCCUCGUGCAUUUGCAUGCGCUGACAACUCUUCUGCUAGACGAGCUGAGCGAUUGUUUGUGUUGCAAACGAAGCCUUUCUUAACUUCACGAUGGGUAAACAAAACAGCAAACUCAAGCCUGAAGUGCUCGAGGAUCUCCGCUCCAACACUGAAUUUACCGAUUCGGAAAUUCAGGAAUGGUACAAAGGCUUCUUGAAAGAUUGUCCCACUGGCCAUCUUUCGGUCGAGGAAUUCAAAAAAAUCUAUGGAAAUUUUUUCCCGUACGGCGACGCGUCUAAGCAGUUUGCCGAGCACGUGUUCCGUACGUUCGACGCCAACGGUGACGGGACGAUCGACUUCAGGGAGUUCCUGUGCGCGCUCUCCGUCACGUCGCGCGGCAAACUCGAGCAGAAGCUGCGCUGGGCCUUCAGCAUGUACGACCUCGACGGCAACGGCUACAUCAGCCGUAACGAGAUGUUGGAGAUAGUGACGGCUAUCUACAAGAUGGUUGGGUCCGUCAUGAAGAUGCCGGACGACGAGAGCACUCCGGAGAAGCGGACGGACAAAAUAUUCCGGCAGAUGGACAAGAACCGCGACGGCAAACUCAGCCUCGACGAGUUCAUUGAGGGCGCCAAGAGCGACCCGAGCAUUGUGCGCCUGCUGCAGUGUGAUCCGCAGAGUCAGUGAUACUGAGUAUACUGAGCCUCAGAUACUGAGUAUACUGAGCCUCUGAUGCUGCAGUGUGACCCGCAGAGUCAGUGAUACUGAGUAUACUGAGCCUCAGUCAUACUGAGUAUACUGAGCCUCAGCCUGCUGCAGUGUGACCCGCAGAGUCAGUGAUACUGAGUGUACUGAGCCUCAGAUACUGAGUGUACUGAGCCUCAGCCUGCUGCAGUGUGACCCGCAGAGUCAGUGAUACUGAGUAUACUGAGCCUCAGAUACUGAGUGUACUGAGCCUCAGCCUGCUGCAGUGUGAUCCACAGAGUCAGUGAUACUGAGUAUACUGAGCCUCAGUUGCUGAGUAUACUGAGCCUCAGAUACUGAGUAUACUGAGCCUCCGAUAUGCUGAGUAUACUGAGCCUCGGUGUCAGUAAUACUGAGCUGCUGAUGCAAGGAAACUUUUGUUCUGUCGUGCGAUUUAUUGACGAUUGAGAAAAGCGUUCUGAAAACUAGUUUUGUUGUCGCCAUCUUUUUGCUGCAUAUGCAUUUUAUAUUUGCAAAUAUGACUAUGAACGGAGAAUAUUUCUUGUUUUAGGUAAACCUGAGCGUGCUAAUGAAAUUUGUUGAUAACUUUAACCUAUUACCGUUGCUUUACCGCCGAGUUUUCGCCUACCUUUCGAAAUUCACCAAAAUGUCCACAACAUCCAAGCUUUGUUCGCCACGCACACGCAGGCCGCUGCUCUUGCUGUACAAAAAUGCAGGAUGCGUGCGUACUUCCAUACGCAAACGUUUUGUGAAAAUAUUUACUCAUUAACUAAUAAAGUUUCAAUUUUAAUUGUCUCUCCAUGGUUUAAAAAUAAUCUAUUACGUCCAUCUUCAAGUUACGUUUGUGCGUUAAGAAAUCAUCGGCAACUUGUUGGUAGAAACACGAAGCUACGUC